UGGUUACCCAGCAAGGAGGCCUUCUUGAGUGGGAGAAGAAGCUGGACCGGGAAAGGAGGUUAGGAUGUAAAGCUCUCAGUUACUGCUCCAGCACUAUGCCUGUCUGCUUCUCUACAUGGUGAUUAUGAGCCACCUUCAAAAAAUUGAAUGAGAGCUACAGACCUGAGUUUAUAGAGCUAAGAAAAUGGCUGAAAGAAAGGAAGUUUGAAGACACAGGCUUGGUACCUGCCUGCUUUCCAGCACUUGCAGAAAAGCAAAUUGGGAAUGAUGUUGAGAUUUCAUCUCCUCCCAGUCAGAAUGACCAACAUCAACAAAGCACCUGGCAAGGACCGCUGGUGACCUUGAGGAGAAACAUAUCCCCUUGUUUACCCUGGAACCUCAGCCUAAGGGGAAGUCAGCCUUGAAGUCAAUACAGCCUGCCUUAGCUAUCAGCCUGCAGGAGUUUGGUACCCUGGAACCUCAGCCUAAGGGGAAGAUCUCACCUGAGCCCUCACAUGCACAGUGCUGCAUACUGAUCGGAUGCUCCGCCAUAUCCCUUGAGGAACUGUGUGCAGAUGGGGUUGUCUCAGGACAGCAUGGAAGUAGUUUUCUGAGGAUGAGGCAUGUUCCAGCCAACAAGUUGAAUUAAUUUUUCUGUAGAGUGUGUGGCUCCAGAAGAGGAACCCUUGGUGGGGCCUCAGCAAACACUGUCUUGUUCCUUGGGUCUUUUGGAUCUGUUUCUAUGGAGGAGCAGCUUGGUGAGCUUCCAGUCAUCUGAACUGAAUGAAGCAGGUUACAUUUUCCUCUGGAACUUGAUAGCUUCUUGUGGGGGCUAGAUUGACAUUAGUUGGGAAUCAGUUUGUCAGAACUGGGCAGUGCACCAUGGACAUGUGCCUGCAGACAAGGCCACAGCUGGGUGAAGGUAACUACAGAACACAGCAAGAUGCUUUCCAAAAGGACUGGCUCACCACACAGCAUGCUGCAUUGCUAUUGGCUCUUCCCUGUACCACUGGCCACUAGGGAGCUUCAUUUGGAAUAAAUUAACUUCUUAAAGCUACCAAGGAACAGGAAGAGGGCUGAUGAGCAAAGCAUCGUUGCAGGAGGGCCAGGUGAUUAUCUCACUGCCUGAGAGCUGUCUGCUCACCACGGCCACUGUGAUCCGGAGCUCCGUAGGGCCCUACAUUAAGAAGUGGAAGCCGCCUGUGUCUCCUCUGCUGGCCUUAUGUACUUUUUUAGUCUCAGAGAAGCAUGCAGGCAGGCAGUCCCUCUGGAAGCCUUACCUGGACAUUUUACCCACGUCGUACACUUGCCCAGUGUGUUUGGAGCCAGAAGUGCUGGAUCUUCUUCCCCCACCUUUAAAGGCGAAGGCGGAAGAGCAGAGGGCCCGCGUGCAGGACCUGUUUGCCUCCUCUGCAGGCUUCUUCUCCACCCUGCAGCCUCUGUUUGCAGAGUCUGUGGACAGCGUUUUCAGCUACCGUGCCUUCCUGUGGGCCUGGUGCACCGUGAACACCAGGGCUGUGUACCUGAGGGCCAAGAGGCAGGAGUGCCUUUCCGCAGAGCCAGACACAUGUGCACUUGCUCCGUUCCUGGACCUGCUGAAUCACAGCCCACAUGUCCAGGUGAAAGCAGCGUUCAACGAGCAAACCAGGUGCUAUGAGGUUAGACCAGCCUCCCGCUGCAGGAAGCACCAGGAGGUGCUCAUCUGCUACGGCCCCCAUGAUAACCAGCGGCUGCUCCUGGAGUACGGCUUUGUCUCCUCCCGCAACCCUCACGCCUGCGUUCCUGUCUCAGGAGAGACACUGGCUAAGUGCCUCCUCCCUUCAGCAGAUAAGCAGGUCCACAAGAAGAUAGCCAUUUUGAAGGAUCAUGGCUUUACAGGGAAUUUGACGUUUGGAUGGGAUGGACCCUCGUGGAGGUUGCUCACGGCUCUCAAGUUGUUGUGUCUGGAAGCCGAGUGCUUUGCAUCCUGGAAAAAGGUGCUCCUUGGUGAGGUAAUCUCCGAUACAAACGAGAAGAUGAGCUUGGGCAUGGCCCAGAGAAUAUGCUCUGAUUUCAUGGAGGAGACUCAGGCUGCGCUGCGCAAGGUUUCUGACAUGAAGAAAGGGAAAGUGCCGCUGCUACGACAGCUCUCUCUGGUGGAAGCCUUGCGGAUGGAAGAGCUGGGGAUCCUUCAGGCUUCGGCUGAGAUCCUGAAUAGUUUACUAGCCCCCUUCUGAUCUCCCCGCGUAGUGACCCCUGAACCUGAAUCACUAACCACUCUGUGGUUAAAACCUAAGAAACUCCAGUGUUGUGUAUUGACAGUUUGGCCCUGCAGAAAGCUUCCCAUUUUGCCCUCCCACCCAGAGAAAGCGCAAUAUGCAGGCAGCUGGUCUCCACGCUGUGGCUAGCACAGGGCUCCCUCACCCCUCCGCCUCUCCCCACAGCUCUGAGAGAACUCUGGCUAGUGUUAGAAUGGCACUACCCAUAAACCUCCCUUAAUGAAAGCAUCUCGAGCCAAGUGCUAAUGAGAGACCUCCUCCCAGUCUCCAGGAGCCUGUCCUUGAGACCUCAAAGAAUAACAAACCCAGAGAGGAUCAGAGCUUCCUCCGUUUAAAUCAUAGAAGAAGGUAAUCAGAGGUCACAGACAGUUAUGGCCGGCCAUAGAAUUAGUUCCUGGUAAUACCAAAACAGAAUUAAUCCCCCACCAGCUUCAUUUCUGCCCUAACAAAUGGUUAUAGCAUUUCACUCCCCUCACUCUGAAGCCUCCCAAGAAUUCCCAAUUUUGUAUAUAAACUCAUGUUUUUUUCUGGGCUCGGGGUCACAUGUGAGCACUUGCUCUUAGUGAGUGCAGAGCGUGUGAUCUGAGUCUGGACUCGAAUAAAAGGCUCUUUUGUAAGUUCCAGUGGGCUCCUGUGGACUCUGGGCACAGCACCGGGAUCACGUGAUUCCCUCCUAUGGAGGGUGUACCAGCGGCAGUUUUACUGAGGCUGGAAUAAAUAAGACUUACAUAAACU